GUACUGUCUACGGCGCAAUUGUGCGCAUGCGCAAGAUGCGGGAGGCGCAGGUCCAAUGUUUACGUUUUUAAUAUGUUCAUGCUGCCCGGAUGAAAUGAAAUGGGACUGGAGAGCUAAUUUACAGUCAAAGUCAUCUAUCACCGCCUUAACUCUGCAGAGUCAGUCACCUUGAAGCAAUCCACCCAGAGACGACGCAAUGGGGAACACAAGCAGCGAGAGGGCUGCGAUGGGCCAUGGGGAGAAGGGCCAGCGGAGAGAUAGCAGGGGCAACAAAGAUGGCGAAAGGCCCAAAAUUCUUAUGGACAGCCCUGAAGAUGCAGACAUUUUUCACGGCGAAGACAUGAAAGCUCCGUUAGAAAAAGAAGAGUUCCUUGCAUGGAGGCAAGAUUUAGAAGUGGAAGACAAAGACCCAACUUUAGACCGACCAACUGUCUUUCGCUGGAAAGGCCAUGGCAAAGAGGUCUACCUCUCUGGAUCCUUUAACAACUGGUCCAAUAAGAUUCCCCUCAUUCGAAGUCAAAACACCUUUGUGACCAUUGUGGAGCUACCCGAAGGGGAACAUCAGUACAAGUUUUACGUAGACGGGCAGUGGACUCAUGACCCAGCUGAGCCUGUUGUAACCAGUCAGCUGGGCACGGUCAAUAACAUCAUCCAGGUGAAGAAAACAGACUUUGAGGUGUUUGACGCUCUCAUGGUGGACUCGCAAAAGUGCUCAGACAUGUCAGACCUCUCCAGCUCUCCCCCUGGGCCGUAUCACCAGGAUGCGUACAUUCCAAAGCAAGAGGAAAAGUUCAAGUCUCCACCCAUACUUCCUCCUCAUCUGCUCCAGGUCAUCCUCAAUAAAGACACUGGAAUAUCUUGUGAUCCUGCACUCCUGCCAGAACCAAACCAUGUCAUGCUCAACCACCUCUACGCUCUCUCCAUUAAGGAUGGCGUGAUGGUGUUAAGCGCGACACAUCGCUACAAGAAGAAGUACGUCACUACCUUACUUUAUAAACCCAUCUGACGGAAGACCGUGCCAGUAUUAACUGUGAACCAAUGUGAAGUUAAGUAGCAAUACUAGUUCACCGAAGGAAGGAUCAACCUUUCUCCUGUUUAAACUAUAGUAUAUUGAGAAAAGAAAUUGCUAUCUUUUUUUAAUACAUUAAUUUGUUAACUCCGUUGACUUAAGGAGUCUUGUAUACAAGAUUACUUGAGCAAAAUGGUAUGAACAAAAUGAUGAAACCUGCGAUUCAUAUGACGUUCUGGAUUAGUUGUGUAGAAACACUUUUUAGGACAGUGUUGUAAAAGUAUCCAUGUAAACAUGUUGUGAGAUUGAGUCACUUGACUUUGCACAAACCUUUUAACCUUUAGUAUGGAUCAUUACUAUUUCAUAUGAAUAAUUAUUGCUGAUAACACUUACCACUUAAAUUAUGUCUGCUUUGUAAGCACAUAAUGCCACAUUCUCAAUGCUUUCCACCCAACAAAAACAAACAACAAAAAAAACAACACUCAACUACCCUGACAACAAACCUCUUUUUUAAUAGCCAUUAUCGUUGCAUAAAAAACUCGAGGACGAUAUAGUAAUAUUAGACAGAUUAAUUAACACCAUUGUUGUGUGAUGUCAGAUUAUUGCAUCUGUGAUGUCGGGGUACAUAAAUGUUUUGAGGCUACACUCUGCCUUUAAGAUGCAUUCCAAUGCACUUUUCCGAGUGGGCGGUUACAAAUUUGUGACUUCCCAGAAUGUAGCAAUCGGGAUUUUGAAGGUCAUUACAUGUUACAUGUAAUCAAAACAAACAUAAACCUGUUGAACAUGAGGCCCAUUUUACCCCCCCCAGAAAUCUUAAUGUAUUAUCUGGAGAACAGAAAGACUGUGAUUUUCGAAGUCAUUGAAGGGAACAAUGCCCUGUUGUCUACUGUUAUAAUUCCUUUUUCCACUUUAUCUGGUGUAAUGUGAUGGUCACCCAGCACACUUUAUUAUGAAAUAUAUUAUGUUUUAUUUAUUUUAUUUAGGUUGCCAAUGUGAUUAGUUAGUUAUUUUACAUAGCACUGACAUUUGUAUUAUUUUGCAUGGCAAUGACCAACAUUAAAUGUAGAAUGUGUGUA